CCUCUGUCUGCUGCAGGGGGAACGACUCAGUCCCGGACUGACUGUGGACGUGAGUAUGGCGUUACGACGGCAUGUAGCUCUCUGCCUAGAUUCAGAUUGACAUCAUGUUAUUGUGACAGGAUUCAUCGACAGUCUUUCUUCACCUCGACACACGAAACCAUUGUCUGUCGCUGCAUUGAUAUUACUCUGUUAUCGACUUUGACGAAGCCAGAGCCGUAGUGUCUCUUUGUUGCUAACCCUUAGCUCUGAGUUGAGUUAGUGGAUCUGGACCUGAUCUAGACCCUAUGAUCUGGAUCUUUGCAGCUAGCUCAUGUCUCGUGCGGUCACUAGUAUUAAACAGCUGUUCGCAUCGUCCUCACCUCGACAGCCGGCAUCCUUCCCAGCCGGCCGACUGAUGGAAGGCUGAGGGAACCAUGCUGAGAUUUCUCCAGAUCCUUUUAACAGGCCUGUUUGGUUUUCUGUGGGAUGGAGUUAAUGCUUUUGCAGGGGUCAGACUAGUGGAUGGGACGAACAGAUGUUCUGGCAGAGUCGAGGUGCUCCGCCAUGACCAGUGGGGAACUGUUUGUGACCAUGGCUGGGACAUCCGGGAGGCUGACGUGGUGUGCUUGGAGCUGGGCUGUGGAUUAGCUGAAUUUGACCAUCACCGUGAAUCCUUCGGUCCAGGCAGGGGAGAGAUUUGGCUGCAGCAUGCCCAGUGCUCAGGACACGAGUCCAGUCUGACACGCUGCGCAGUUGUCCUUCAAAGUAACUCCCACUGCACCCAUGAGAAUGAUGUGGGGGUGAGAUGCUCAGGUACUCUUUUAAUGCCCACCCUCACCUUGCUGUCUCCUCACACUGUGUUCUCUCCCGGGGAGGCUGUUCGCUUUGGCUGCAGCGUUCUGCUGGGACACCACCUCAGUGACUUCCACCUGUACAAGCAUGGAGUGUCCACGCCACUGGUCACGCAGAGAGCGGACCAGACCCAGACCACAGUGGAGCUCACGCUGUCCGACAUAGAGACUUUCCACCAGGGCAGCUACAGUUGUCGGUACAGGAUCAAGGGAGGCUUCCCCUCUCAGCUACUCAGCUCUCCACCUAGCAACUCCAUUAACAUCACUGUGGUGGAGCUCCUGACUCCCCAGCACUGGUACAACACGUCCACCGAAGCCCCUGCUGGUUCCGUCCUUAAAGGCCACAGCUUCAACAUCACCUGCUCCACCCUGCAGCAGUACCCCGGAGGCUCCUUCCAGCUGCGUCUAAUCCGCUCCAACGGCACAGUGCGCCAGUCUCUGCCUGCCCUCAGCCCAUCCGUCACUUUUACUUUUUCCAACGCACAGAGCUCUAACGAGGGCUACUACUACUGCCUGUACCGGGUACAGCUGGGUGGACGCACCUUUGUCUCCAGAGAGAGCCAGCCCCUGCCUAUAGCCAUCAGAGACCCAGACCCAGUGCUGAGUCCGAUGGUGAUCAGCUGGCUUGUGUCUGGUGUGACGUUUGUUGUGGCCGUCAUAAUCAUAGCCAUUGUGGCCAAGGUGCUGUGUAACAAGGAGAAGAAGCCCUCUGAGCUGGAAAGAGAGACCAGAACCUGUGUGGACAACACUUAUGUUGCCUUAUCAAUAAACAAGCUUUGACCGGGUCUGCAGGCAACAGAUAACUAAAGGCUGAAGGCUACAUGGGUGAUUAAGGCAGCAGUGGAUGUAAUCCUGAACAAAACAGCUCGGCUGGGCCUCCUUCGUCUCUUAGGAAAAGACACCAUCUGGACUCAGUUGGGCUCAGUCGAGAUGAGGCACAGUUUUAACUAGACUCUACUAUAGACCUAACCAAGACUGCACAGCAGAAAUCUAGUCUUACUGCUCUGGACACAACUGUAAUACUAAACUUUGAAGCAUUAUAUUAUGGUGAGGUGGAGGCUAAUGGCUACAGAUGUGGACAUUUAAGUACAACAAUGUUUGCUCUUAUUUCUUUAAAGGCAGUUUUCUCUAGAUCAUUUAUUAUUUUCAUGAUCUCAGCCAGAAAAAAAAAAAAAGUAUCUAAAAUAAUAUCACGAUUUCUCAAGAUACAAGGAUAGUUAUGAGAAACUUGGAGACAGCUGUAUCUCUGUUUAACAUCUUAGGCAACAACAGGAAACAACCUUUUUAGUGAGAAACGGUUUGUUAUCUUGUUUCUCUUGAGAUACCGUAAUUAUUAACUUGUGUUCUAGAGAUAGCUGCACAGAGAAAACUAGCACAGCUGUUGUUGACAGUAAAACCUGAAAGUGGUUCGAACUUGGCUUCAGGUUCACUCUGACCCAGGGUGAGAGAAAAACGACUUCUUAAAGCUUAACUGUGGAAACUGAUGUGUUCCUCAGGUCUCUGUGUGUGUAUGCAGUUUAAAAACAUUCUUUUUUAUUUAUUACCAGGUGACACUAAUGAAAGCUCCACUAGCUUGUUAUGUAUUAUCUUCUACAGAUCAAUGAUCCUUAAAGGAUUAGAUGUUUUUUGUAUUUUAAGUCUUACCCUACUAUGCAUCUUUUGUCAUUAUAAUAUGUACAUUAUUGCACUUCAAAGUGUUGAUCGGAGAUGUAAUUGAUUAAAAUGCUGAUGUUGUUGGGUUCA